UGCAAGUGAUAGGGAUGAAUAUUUUGUUAUGCAUGACCUUAUAAAUGACUUGGCUCAAUUUGUUGCUGGGGAGACAUGCUAUCGUCUGGAUGAGAAAAUGGAUACCAAUCUGGAAUACAAGAUUCCUACGAAAGCUCGUCAUGGUUCAUUUCUUCGUCAUGAAUACGAAGUUUUCAGAAAAUUUAAGGCUUUCAGUGAAGUUCAAGGCUUGAGGACAUUCUUACCGAUGCCUGUCCAAAAUGCACUUGUUUGCCCUCCUUUCUACUUAUCAAACAAGAUCUUAGCGGAACUGAUACCUGAAUUGCACAGCUUAAGAGUACUUUCUCUAAGUGGCUACUCCAUCACAGAGUUGCCAAGUUCAGUCUGCAACUUGAUACGUCUAAGGUAUCUCAAUCUAUCUGGGACUUCAGUUGUUAAAUUGCCAGAUACUUUAGGUGAUAUCUACAAUUUGCAAACCUUGUCACUACGUAACUGCCGUGCAAUAUGCAAGUUACCGUCAACCAUGGGGAAGCUGUCUAACUUGCGGCACCUUGAUAACUCCGGUACUGAUCAACUGAAAGAUAUUCCGGUCGAAAUUGGUGUGUUAAAUAGCCUUCAAACGUUACCAAAAAUUGUUUUGAGCAAAGAGGGUGGCCUGGGAUUAAGGGAAUUGAGGGGUUUGAAGCAGUUGAGGGGAUCACUUGCCAUUUUUGAAUUGCAAAAUGUGACGAAUAUUGAGGAUGUAAAGGAGGCAAGUCUAUGCACACACAAACUUGAUGAAUUGCAACUGACAUGGGGUAGUGAAAUGGAUGAGACCCAUGACAGAAGUGCAGAAGAAGAAGUGAUGGACUCUCUGCAUCCUCAUGAAGAGUUGAGAAGUCUCAAGAUUUCUUACUAUGGAGGAGUUGGUUUCCCAUGUUGGAUAGGGAAUCCUCAGUUCAAAAAAUUGUCCAGUAUCAGUAUCCUCAGUUGUUUGGAAUGUAAAUAUUUACCACCACUAGGACAGCUUCCGGAGCUUAAACACCUGCUUAUGGGAAGCAUGCCAAAAUUCAAAUGCAUCUCAACUGAGUUCUAUGGGAGUGGUUUUGUGGAUCCAUUUCCGAAACUUGAGACGCUAAGAUUUGAUUACAUGCCAAAAUGGGAGAAAUGGGCUGCUUCUGCUGAUGGGGAAGACAUUAAGUUCCCAAAUCUUCGUCAGCUUACUAUAUCCAGGUGCAGCAAAUUAACCAGUGUCGCUCCACUGAACUUUCCUGUGCUGCAGGAGUUGGAUCUCGAAGGGUGUAGCAAGGUUUUGCUAGAAAGUUUCAAUAAUCUUGACUCCUUAAAGACCUUGAAGGUUGAGGCUGUUACAGGGCUCUCACAUCUACCAAGGGAACUUUCCCAGUCCUUACUAGCACUUGAAGUCUUAGAGUGCUGUAGCUGCAGUGAGCUGCUAUCACUGUGGCCAGAAGAAACUUCACUCGAACAUCUUACCCAUCUAAAGCGCCUAGUCAUUGCAGAUUGUAAGCAGCUUGUAUCAAUGGGACAAGGAGAGCAGCACUUUCCUCGCAAACUUGAAGUUCUUGAAGUCUUUCGCUGUGAAAAUUUGAUUACCCUCCCAAAUGACUUGAGUGAUCUCAGCUCACUAAGGGAGUUGAUUAUAAAGAAUUGUCUUAAAUUUGUCAACUUCCCUGAGAGUGGCCUCCCCCCCAUGCUGAAACGCCUCGAGAUACUCAGCUGCAAUGCAUUAGAGUCCCUUCCCAGUAACAUGUCUGGCCUGGAAAGGUUGGAGAUCAAGAAGUGCUCAUCCCUGAGGACCUGGGCAAGAGGUAAUUUCCCAGUUUCUGUAAAGAAACUUGCAAUUGAAAACUGCCCCAAACUCGAACCAGUUCCAGAGCUGAUGUUUCCCCCACACAGCAGCAUUAUGCUGGAAGAUCUUAGUUUACGCACAUGGCCAGACUUCAGUAAUCUCCUACAGCGAUUGCAUGGGUUUUCACAUCUUAUUGAGAUAAAACUAUCGAAGUGUCGUCUACAGGAAUUCCCGGAACAAGGCCUGCCACCGAGCCUCAGGACACUUUCUAUUGAAAAAUGUGCAAGUCUCAAGUCAUUGCCAGAAAAGAUUCGUAGCAUGAAAACCCUCGCAUCACUUGAGCUACGAAGUUGUCACAGGCUUGAUAAUUUUCCACAAUUUGGUUUGCCUCCGAAUUUAUCUUCACUUAGGAUAUGGGAUUCUAAGAGAUUCAAGCCCCUUUCAGAAUGGGGCCUGCGCAGGCUCUCUUCUCUAAGGGAGUUCUCCAUCUGUGGUGGAUUCAAAGAGCUUGAGAUACUCGGUGGUGACGAUGGUCUCCUUCCUCCUUCUCUGACAAAAUUUUCUAUUGCUAGAUUCCACAAGCUUACUUCUCUGAAUGAAGUGCUUAAGAAACUGACCUCGUUACGGUAUCUAUCUAUCAUGAACUGCGAAAAACUUAAUGUCUUGCCUAGUGAAGGGCUGCUUGAACAGCUGUGGCAUCUGGAAAUCAGUAACUGCCCUCUUCUGAUGCCACGGUGUCUGAGGGACAAAGGGGACUAUUGGCCGAAGAUAGCUGGAGUUCCUUGUGUGGAGAUAGAUGGAACUUACGUUUAUAAACAACCUUCAGUUUGAGGCACUCACUUGGGAGGACUUGCUUGCUUGAUUGUUGGCUAGGCAGUUUGUGAUGAGAAUUGGCAAGAUAAUGCUGUCCAGAAACACUGCUACACGAGUCUUGUUGAAGUCUGUUUUUAAGCUCGAAAUACUUAGUAUACGUUCUUCCAAAUAUGGCCCGACUCCACAUUUUCGAGCUGAAAACAUUGAUGUGGAAGGCUCGACGAAGUGGAUGUUUCUGAUUAUUUUGGGGGGUGGUGAUAUUCUUGCUCUGGUGAUUCAUAAUAUUGUUAGAUAAUUAGAUGCAGUAACUGAUGUUUGAUGUAUCAGUGUUUAUGUGUAAUCUUCUUUUAUCAGAAAGAAUUUGUGGAUUCUUCAA